AAAUUCAUGACCAACAAGAUAUCGUGCUCGAAAUUCGAAACAAGAAGCGAUUUCACACAGUUUGACAAUUUCACCUCCGCUAUGAACCGAGCACCUCCGCCGCCGCCGCAUACCACCGCCACUUUCCAUCCGCCCCAUUAUCCAAAUCCACCGCUGUCCGUCACCACUGCUCUCUCCGACCUCAAAUCUCUUCUUCACCUCUCUUCCACCGCCCUCCAUUCUCUCCCACCUCCAAUCGCCGACGCCUCCACCGCCGCCAAUACCUUCGUCCCCUGCCCUUUCAACCCUAACCACCGUCUCCCUCCUUCAAUCCUCUUCUCUCACUACCUCAAUUGCCCUUCCCCUCUCUCUCUAACUCACAAUUUCCACUAUCCCCUCACUCUCAGCUCCUCCUCCUCAUCAACCGCCGCCUUCGCCUUCGCCUUACCCACCCUCCCAGCCGAUUCGUCCGAUCUCACCGUCUCUCUCGACAGCUACAUCGCCUAUAAUGCCCCCGCCAACAGUUUUUUUCACCACAAUUGCCCCGGCCCUGUCACCCCCGCUACUCCACCGCCUCCAUCCCUCAUUUUACCUAUGGUUUUAUACACCGAGUGCGCCGAUUUCAAUGACAAAUCUCCAAUGGAAGCUACCGCCCUUGAUUUUAUUAGGUUUCUGCCGUCGGAGAUUUGGGCAAUUCGUGGUGAAAUUGAAUCGUGGGGUGGUGAUUUCCCCUCGGUGUACUCAUCACGAAUUUUGCGUGCAAUACUGAGGUUUAGAGACUGUAAAUUGUUGCAUUUGUAUGAUUGGAUCAUUACGAAUUCGCCUAGAUAUGGUAUGGUUAUUGAUUGUGCCAUGAGGGAUCAUGUGGCUGUGUUGGUUAAGCUUUCUUUGAAGGUGAUUGUUAGGGAGUCUCUUGAACUGGCCGGCUUUAAUGGAGAGGUGAAGGGGAUUGAGAAAGCUCUGUGGGGGAAUCAGAGUUUUGAAUGCCCGCUUUUAGUUAGAGUGAUGGCUUGGCUUGCAUUGCAGUUCAGUAUAUUAUAUGGUGAAGUUAAUGGGAAGUAUUUUGCUGUUGAUUUGUUGAAAGGAUGUGUGCGGAACUCUGCAUCGGAUGCUUCGUUGUUUUCUUUGGAGGGAAAGGAUGAUGAACCUAGCGAGGAGGGAAAUGAUGGCGGAUGUGUAGAAGAGCAGGUACAAAAUGCUGGAUCAAUUGAUGAACCAGUUGGAAACAGUGUGAUUUUCGUCUCUCAAGUGGCUGCUGCUGUGGCAGCAUUAUAUGAACGCACUUUUAUUGAAGAUAAGAUCAAAGCAUUGCGUAAUGACAGGCCAACCUCUACGUACCAACGUAAUGUGGAACAUGCUCAUGUGUCCAUGAUAGCUGAUGAGGAAAGACAGAAACGUCCAGAUUAUAGACCUGUAAUCGAAUAUGAUGGUUUUCUGCGGCAUAGGUCAAACAAUCAGGAUUCCAGCAAAGUAAAGACAAAAGAGGAGUUAUUAGCUGAGGAAAGAGACUACAAAAGGCGGCGAAUGUCUUACCGUGGCAAGAAACUUAAGCGUAAUGCUGUGGAGGUAACAAGGGGUAUUAUAGAAGAAUUUAUGGAGGAAUUCAGGAUAUCUGAAGGGAUCGGUAGGUUGUCAGAUGCUGUAGAUGAGAAUGAAGCUUCGAGGAGAAAUUCUGAAGUUCCUGAAGAUGAUAGAGACCAAUCAGUUGAUUACAGGAAAACAGUACACUCUCGCCAUUAUGCAAAAGAUUUUGAGGAUGACAACCAGCAGCGAAGACAGGAUUCAAGUUGGGAUGAUUGGCGUCAAGUCCCCAGUAGAAGCAGUAAGAGUAAUUUUUAUGACGGAGAUGAGUCUGCAACACGUGAUGGAAGACGAAUUGACAGUCACUCAAGAGUGCUGAUGCAUGGUGGAGAAAAGUCAAACUUUGCUGAAGAUGAUUCUCGAAGAUCACACCAAAGACGAAGUGAGUUACAUGACAAAAAGUAUUAUAAAAGCACUAGAGAUGAGCAUGAGCAGAAAACUCAUAAUAGACGAAGAGAUGAACAUGACAGAAGUAGUCGUAAGAGAGAGAGAGCCAAAGACUGUUGGGAGUAUGAGGUCCGAGAUAGAAGCAAAAGAGACAGAGCUUCUGGAGAGAGAGAUGAAGACGAGAGAGGACAUGCGGAUAGAAGGAAAAGCAAAUCAAACCGGAGUAGUGGCUCUCGGCAUGAGUUUGAUGACAGAUAUGAUCCUGCAGUCUCUCACGCAGUCUCUCAUGAUAUGUAAGAGGAAAAGAUUACUGGUCAAAAGACUUGCUUACUGGUUAUUGGAAUGCACCUCUGUAAGUAUAUGUGAUUUCCACAUGCGAACUAUAUUACCUAACAUGGGACAAGUGUUAUCAAUGUUGGGGUAAGUUUCCCUAACAUCAGAUUUUCAAAAUUCGACUAAAUGUGGGUUGGUAGUAAGUCUGGUUCUUGCUUUUGCUUGUUCACCAAAUUUGGCAGCAAGCAGCAUGCUGGUGUUUCCAAUUUAUCCAUCACCUGUAUCCUCCUCUGUAUCCUUGAAAUUCCUCAUUCUGUUGGUUUAAUGGCCGAUUUUUCCUCUAUGUUUACAUUGUAUACUUUUGUAUUGGCAUUUUUAUUAAACUUAUCAGUUGAUGCUAUUUUAACGGACUCGUUUGAGCAUCAAGUUUUGGGCAUGGAAAAACUAUGACUUUGACCUUUGCAGCUACUUCUGUAUCAUUGUUCUUGCUAGCAAAGAAGAUUGUGAUGAUGUUGAAAGAAGUUCACGGAGCAGUUUACUAUUCAAGAUUAGCCUAAAUAGGUAACAAAUAGUAUACACUAAUCUAUUGUUUACUAGAUAGCUCUAAUUUCUUUUACUUCAUUUUCUUACCAGUUCGAGGCGGUGGUAUUUGUUUUAAACUUUUACUUGAUUUUUGUUACAUACAUAUUCAUUGACUAAAGAGGUCUUCAAAUAUUGAGGGGCAGUUUGGCGGGUAGAUAA